CCCAUGCCCUGCGCUACAGUCUCCGUAGAGUGUGGAGCUGUCAUAGGGUCUUGUGGGCCCAGUGGCUGCCGCCCCGAGGAGGGGCGCGGUCCACCGCGGCCUUCCGCUGCCUCGGCACCGGGCUAGCGCAGGGUCGUCCGCGGCCUCGGCACCGGCGUAGCCCCUGCGCACCGGCUACGGCGCGGGCCACCGGCGGGCGCGGGCUAACGGGAGCCGCGAGUGCCCCACUAAUUGGAGCCGACUCGGCGCUGGAGGGAUCGGCGGGAAAUGGCGGACGAGGCGUUGUUUUUGCUUCUCCAUAACGAGAUGGUGUCAGGAGUAUACAAGUCCGCCGAACAGGGGGAAGUGGAAAAUGGACGAUGUAUUACUAAGCUGGAAAACAUGGGCUUUCGAGUGGGACAAGGAUUGAUAGAAAGGUUUACAAAAGAUACUGCAAGGUUCAAAGACGAAUUAGACAUCAUGAAGUUCAUAUGUAAAGAUUUUUGGACUACAGUAUUCAAGAAACAAAUUGACAAUCUAAGGACAAACCAUCAGGGCAUAUAUGUACUUCAAGACAACAAAUUUCGACUACUUACUCAGCUGUCUGCAGGAAAACAGUAUUUAGAACAUGCAUCAAAGUAUCUAGCAUUUACAUGUGGCUUAAUCAGAGGUGGCUUGUCAGACUUGGGAAUAAAAAGUAUUGUAACAGCUGAAGUAUCUUCAAUGCCUGCCUGCAAAUUUCAGGUGAUGAUACAGAAGCUGUAGAGUGCAGUGAAAUACAGGAGAGACUACGCCUGUACAAAGCAUUUUCAAGUCCUGGUUUCACCUCAUCCUUGGAUAUCUGUGCAAAGGUGUUAUCUCACCAGAUUCAUGUAGACCAAAUUAGAUAAAGGUCCUUCUAUCAUGACAUAAACUAACUGAACUGUUCAAAGGGAUUUCAGUGAAGCAUGUCAUUUCAGACACCAAGAUGCAACAAAUGCUUUUUAUUGUAAACAUCUUUAUUUCCUUAGUGUGAUAUGUAUUUAAGCAUAGAUUGAGAAGUGAAACUCAGGGUGUGUUGAAUUGCUGUAUAAAAAAAUAUGCACCAAUCAGAAUAGUUUGUGUUCAAAUGACCAAAAUUUGUUAAAGUAUAAAUCUGUUUUAGUUAUUUAAAAACAAAACAAAACAAACCACUGUACUAAAUUAAGCUUACUUUUUAUUGUCUUGCUCAUAAUUUAUUUGUCUAGAGAAUUUGUAUGCUUAUAUAUGGAUUUCAUUUAUACAUUGUGUAUAUAUGUACAUAUAAAUGCAUGUUGCUGUCUAAA